AUAAUCCGUGAUCACCAACGGUGAAGAAAGGGUGUAAAAGCAACAGAUGUCAUCAUCAACAUAAACAUGGUCCUCCUUGUCUGUGGACCAACAGCGUGACGAGCAGUAUCCAUACCGUACAGCAGAGGGAGAGAUGUGCGGGUGAACGGUCGACGUCACAGCCAUAGGCAGCAGAAGGAUGGGCGAGAGUUGUGUGUGCUUUGCCGCUGCUUCAUGGCAAUAGAGAGAGAUGGCGUCCGCAUCCCGAUGAAUAAGCAAAAAAAGAAGAGGAAAAAGGAUGAUGCUGGACCCUACUACGCCUAGAGGGGAAGCCGUUUAAUUCAACACAUCAGCUAUGGAGGGAUUCAUCUCUCUUUCACAAUCAUUUCGCUCCGGGGAUGUUAACGCCCUUUUCAUGCGUUUUUAAACUCCUCGUCUGAUUCCUUCCAACGGAGGUGUGGGGAUUGUUGUCCGGUAGGCUACAUCUGUUUUCUUCCUCCGCUUCUCUGCCCAUCCGACGCAGCGGCGAGGAGAAGAGGAGAGAAGGGGAAGAGAGGGAAAGCGAUGGCUGCUGGAGGAGGAUGCGGGGAGACGGUGGAACAGUGCCGGGCAGAGGUGGAGCGUUUGACCCGUGAGCUGGCGGAGGCAAACCGGGAGAAGAUCCGGGCUGCGGAGUGCGGUCUGGUGGUUCUGGAGGAGAACCAGACCCUGAAGCAGCAAUAUUCAGAUCUAGAGGCCGAGCAAGAGGCGCUCCGACAGGAGCUGGAGCAGCUACAAGAGGCAUUUGGCCAGACCUUCUCCACCCAGCGCAAGGUGGCUGCGGACGGGGAGACCAACGAGGAGACCCUCCUGCAGGAGUCAGCCACUAAGGAGGCAUACUAUACGAGUCGCCUGCUGGGGAUCCAGUCAGAGCUCAAACAGAGCCGGGCCGUCACAGUCAACACACAGGCCGACAACGAACACCUCAGUACCCUGCUGCAGGAGCUCAGAGAGGGUAACGAGAUGUUGGAGCUGCAGCGGAGCCGGAUGAGAGAGGAGAUCAGGGAGUAUAAGUUCAGAGAGGCUCGACUCCUACAGGACUACACUGAGCUGGAGGAGGAGAACAUCACCCUGCAGAAACUCGUGUCCACUCUCAAACAGAACCAGGUGGAGUACGAGGGGUUAAAGCAUGAGAUCAAGGUUCUGGAGGAGGAGACCGAGCUGCUGAACAGUCAGUUAGAAGACGCCUUACGUCUCAAAGACAUCUCCGAGGCCCAGCUAGAGGAGGCCCUGGACUCCCUGAAGAGCGAGCGGGAGCAGAAGAAGCACCUCCGCAAGGAGCUGGUCCACCACCUCAGCCUGUGUGACGUCCAAUACACGGGCAGCGCCCACCUCACUUUCACCUCAGCUCCGCCUAGUGGCACGGCUACGCCUGUCUCCGCCCUGUCGCCCAGCUCAGAGGAGCCGGGCAGGUGUAACGGGCAUCUACAUGGAGGGUCAGGAACUGGGACGGGGACAGCGUCGCUGCCCAGGGCCAACGGAGAGUGUCGGGGAGCGGGGAGGAAAGGAGAGGGGAUGGUGUCGGAUCUGUUCAGUGAGAUGAACCUGACAGAGAUACAGAAGCUCAAGCAGCAGCUGCUACAGGCAGAGCGGGAGAAAACAAGGCUGUUGAUCAGCCUGCAAGAGUGUCAGACGCAGCUGCAGCAUACACAGGGUGCCCUGAACGAGCAGCACGAGAGGGCCCUCCGCCUCAGCGAGAGAGUCACCGCCCUCAGGCACCUGCACCGGGAGGCCCAUCUCGCCCAGGAGGCCCAGCACGACCAGGAGGCCCACCUCAACCGAGAGGCCCUGAUGGAGCAGGGAGAAGAGGAAGAGGAGGAGAAAGAGAAGGGAUUAAUACACAGCAGGGGCCAGGCAUUCUGCCACCAGACCCCAGGUCUGGAGAUCCUCCAGUGUAAAUACAGAGUGGCUGUAACCGAAGUGGUCGAGCUAAAGGCGGAGCUGAAGUCACUGAGAGAGAGGUAUAACCAGUGUGUGGAGGGCGGGGUGGAGGAGAGGACACGCGGAGAGGCCCAGCACAGAUCUCUGGAGCAGCAGGUGGGGAGGCUGGAGAGGAGCUGCCGGGAAGGUAGGGAGAAGGUGGGGGGCCUGGAGACGGAGCUGAGAACAGCCAAGAACAUGGCCAGCGAGAGCCAGGGGGCGCUCAACGCAGCACAGGACGAACUGGUCACCUUCAGCGAGGAGCUGGCUCAACUUUACCACCACGUCUGCCUCUGUAACAACGAGACGCCCAACCGGGUGAUGCUAGACUACUACAGACACGGCAGAGGACUAAGGGGUAUCAGUGCCUCGCUCAAGGGUGACGACACCCGCGUUCUACUCACGCCCCGCCUUGCCCGGCGGCUCGCAGCCGUUGCCGCUGCAACCUCGUCGCCCACGGCGGAGUCUCGUAGCCCCUCGGAAUCCCCAUCCAAAGAGCGGUUGUCAGGAGAGGGAGGCCGGGACGGGGGGAGGGACAGAGACAGUCCUGUACCCCGCACCCCUCCUACGGGCUCUCCCAGCAUCAGUGCCUCUUCCUCAUCUUCCUCAUCAUCGUCGUCGCCUGCGGUAGAGCCACAUGGAGACCUGCGUAGGGAACCCAUGAACAUCUAUAACCUCAACGCCAUCAUCAGAGAGCAGGUGAGGCACCUCCAGAGGGCAGUGGACCGGUCACUCCAGCUGUCCAGACAGAGGGCUGCAGCCAGGGAACUGGCCCCACUGUUUGACAAGGACAAAGAGGCCUGUAUGGAGGAGAUACUGAAGCUCAAGUCCCUGCUCAGCACCAAGAGAGAACAGAUAGCUACCCUCAGACUGGUGCUCAAAGCGAACAAACAGACUGCAGAGAAUGCCCUGGCCAACCUGAAGAGUAAGUAUGAGAAUGAGAAGCAUAUGGUGACAGACACCAUGAUGAAGCUGAGGAACGAACUGAAGGCCCUGAAGGAGGACGCUGCCACCUUCUCAUCGCUCAGAGCCAUGUUCGCCACCAGGUGUGACGAGUAUGUGACUCAGCUGGAUGAGAUGCAGAGGCAGCUGGCUGCGGCGGAGGACGAGAAGAAGACGCUCAACUCCCUCCUGCGGAUGGCCAUCCAGCAGAAACUAGCCCUGACCCAGCGUCUGGAGGACCUAGCCUUCGACCAGGAGCAGUCGCACUGCACCCGCGGCGGCAAGGUGGCCCGCAUGAAGAGCAGCACCCCCAAAGUAAGUCCUGCUCCUCCCUCCAGCCCCACCACCGGCGCUGGCGCCCCCUUAAGCCUGACCUCUGCUACUACAGACGCCCUAGCUCUGAGCUCCCCUACGUCACAUCAUAGACACUCCGUCAGCCCCUCCUCCACGGCCCCCUCAGACCCUAAAGUACCAGGCAGCCCCCCCUCCCUGGAGGCGCCCUCCUCCUCCUGGACCCCCCCAUCCACUCCCCACAGGCAGGCUCACUCCCAGUGGGCACUAGGUGUCCGGACAUUAGAGGUCGACUCCCACAGUUUCGGUCUGGACUCCCAUAGUUUUAGUUUAGAACGUAGCAGUACUGGGCUCUCCAGGCAUUACUCCUCAGACUCACGGUCGUCUCCUAGCAGGGGUGCUCAGCCUGGCUCGGCCCCCUCCUCCCCCUACCGUUCUCCCAUACUGGGGUCUCGCCGGUUGACAUGGAGCUCCCCUCGAACUCGCCCCCUUACCAACCUGAUGCGUACCUCAGCCCUUUAUACCCCCUCUUCUUACACCCCUCCUAGUUCCUAUAACCCUUCUAGUUCUUACACCCCUUCCUCCCCUUAUACCCCCUCCAGUUUCUAUACCCCUUCAUCUGCUCAUUACUCUCCUUCAUCAUAUACCCCGCCCUCUUCGUACACCCCCCACACUUCAUAUAGCCACACCAGCAGCUACAGUCCACUCUACCCUAGGUACUACGGUUCCCAUCGGCCCCCUCACUGACACUAAACCACAGUUCCCAUUAACCUCCUCACUGACAACACUACAAAUCCCAUAAGUCCCCUCUCUAAACAGAACUACAGAUUCCAUCGGCCCCUUAGCAGACAAUUCCCAUCAACCUCCUCACUGACACUACUACAAAUCCCAUCAGCCUCUUUAAUGAUGCAAAACUACAUUUCCCAUCAGCCCCUGGGAGGGUGGGUGGGGCUCACAGAGAGGAGGACAGACUGGUUUCCUGUUUCUUGUGCCUAAGCCUCUGGCCUCGAUGCAGCAUGUGGAUGUGACUCUGUAUCGGCGUGAAUGUUCAGACUGACUCUGCUCAGGGAUUUAACACAACAUGGAGCACAAGUGGCCCUGCCUUCCUCUUAUUCACAGACUGUUGAUCGGUCUAAACUACAGGAGAGACAGGACACUUUACAGACUAUACAUACACAGUCGUUUUGGUCUUGCCCUUUAAAUCAAAUCACCAUCCACACAAGCAAGUGAACAUGUGUGCAGGACCUUACUGCUGUAUGGAAAGACGCAUGAGAAGGACGUUUAGGGUAACUGGACAUUUGAAGGAAUUUGUUCACAUGUUGGACUGAGGUCUCCACUUGACAGUGUUAUUCGCUCUCUCUGUUUUUUUUUAAUGAAAAUCACAGAUACUGUAACCAAAUGUCAUUCAAAGCAAGUAUUGGAUAAGACAGAUCAAUGAUUAUGGAUUGUUUGCUAUUUUUAAUUGUUCAGUUAUUACUCACAGCUCUGUACACACUGUCCUCACAAUGUUAUUGCAGUCAUCCUCACAUCUGCUGUGUAAACCUGGCACAUAUUUAGAGUCUAGCACCACUCAAUGGCAGUUUGUAAUAUCACUGUAUAUUCAGAACUUAGACUGAAGACUUCCGUCGAGGUUGAAUAUCAUAUUAAACCUGUAACAUAAAUGACCUGGAAUCAGCACACCGUGAUGGGUUUUAAUGUUAGCAUUAUGAGACAGAGCGAGAUGGAGUGAUUCUGGGUUUCAUAUCAGUAGGCGAGACAGACAGUGAGCUGUGGCUACGUAGCACCCCUAGUGCCUCGGAGGGUAACUCCAGAGGAACACAGCAGCAUAGAUGGAUGAAUGUAAUCGAUAGAGAACUCACUUACCACCAAACUCAGGGAAGCUGACACACGCACACACUUUUCAACUGGGGUUCAACAAGGAAUUAUCCUUACACUGUUAUAGAAAUAUAGACAAACAUUUGAAUGACAUUUAGGCUAUGGGUUAGUUAGUAUAGAGCUACUGCAUGAUGCAUAGAUGGGAUUCCACCGUUUCUGCACAUGUGAGUGUGUCACCUGUGUAUGUGUGUGCCUUAACGACUACAGCACCUGAUCAGUACAACCUGAUCGUGCCAACAACAGUUUUCAUAUUGUUAUGUUUUUAUUUUUUUUGGCCCUAUCCAAUAGGUUAGAAUGGACAAUAACAAAGCCUUGCCAAAUGAUCAGCGUAAGUGUCUGUAAACAGUCCUCUUGAUGAGGGAUACACUGCUACUGGGUGUUGGCCAGUGAAUAGCCUUUGCCAACUUUGGCCCAAUCCAUGCACAGUUUGGUUUUGACGGGAAGAACUAAGGGGACGUGGCUGACGUGCAAACCGAUUAUUUCAUUUUUGAAUUGGUUAAAACGACGUUAAGGUUAUGAGUUUGGUUAAGGGUCAGUUCUAGAUUUUGGCUAGUUGGGUUGUCAAUGGGAUGCUGGUCAGAAAAGUCUCCUUAGUCUCUCCCUCGUUUUGACUCCCGUCUCUAGUAUUGACCCAGUCCAGUCUCCCCCUCCCCCACCAAUCCCAAGUCUGGAGCCCAGAGUACCACAACAACACUGUGUCUAUACUCUAACAACCCCAGUCUCCAUUGGUUCAAGUGAUCUACAUAUACCCCAACAUGUUGUUAUAACAUGCAAUAUGGAGCAAAAAAAAAACGCAUUUGACAGGACUCCUCUCAGCUACUUUGUUGACAACAUUAGGUGAACAUUUUACAUAUUUCUCAUAACAGAAAUACUCACUGUUCUUGCACUCAUUGUUGGGCUGAUUGAGCUGGUUGAAUGUUUUUUUCUCCCAAUAGUCAUCUAAUGGUGACUGUACAGAAACACAAUGAACACUGUAGAUUUGGAGUGGGAACCACCUCAGUGACCUUCACGUUUUUAUACAUGGAGUUUGUAUACCUCUGCUUUAUUUAUUACGCUUCAUCACGUUAGCAACUACUUGACAUGAGUCUGUCCUACACUCCAGUUUCUACAUCUGCACCAUCUACCUGCCUUGACACAACACUGUAUGCCUGUUACUUUGAGCAGAAGACCUUUGUAGUUGUGGUAUAGUGUAGGUUAUAAUAUAGAACAUUUCCAUCGUAGGGUAAAUUAGCUGGAUAUAGAUAUUUUCUGCAAUAAGGGAAUAAAAAGUGAAAGAUUGUCAAAUAUCAAAUAGAUGCUAGGGGUCGCUGUCUUAGCUUCUCAAGAAAGGAAACCGGUGUGACCUCUCUGUGAAACCCUCCUCGUUCCGCCCGACUCACACACAUAUCACACACCCACCAAAACUCAUUCCAGUUUUCGGUCCCGCUACAUCAUAAUUCCAUCCGUACAUGCAAGAGGAUUUUAAUCCUAUCAAAUGCGUUUUUUUUACCUCCUUCCCCUUUCCGAUUUAUUCGUUUCCCACCGCAUCUAUUGGCCUGUGAUUUCUCCCUCCUAUGUGAAUACGGUGAAUGCCAUUUUCUCCCUUCUGCUCUCUGUUUCAGGAGUCUUUCAUAAUGUGGAACAUUGUCAAUCUAAACAUCCUUGCCUGUGCUAACGACAUAUCCAUUUCCAGGCAGACUGUUAAUAGUUACCACUGAUUGUAUGCCUGUUAGCUUUUGAGCACUUUAUAUGCAUGUGUAUAUAACACAGAGUAUUGGAAAGCUGUAUUCUGUGUGCAGUGCUAUGUUCAUACUCUUCGUAUAUACUGUAAAUAUCAUGUAUAAAUGACCUGUAUUUUGUGUGUCGUCGUCUUUUCUGUUUUGAGUGGCCUUGAGCAUCUCUCUCAUGUGUUCUAGGGAGGAAUGCCUUAUAAUCUCAGUUUCAUGAAGUAGCUGUCGUGUUUCCUUUCAGAUAUGAAUAGGCCUACUUUACACAGCCUGCUCAGUUAUUGCACAAGCACACGGGUUCAUCAUAGCAUACUGUAGGCGUACAUUCCAUUGAACAGCACUAUACAUCAAGUACAUGAGUUGUUAGGCGUUUGGGAAUAUUUAAGAAUAGGAACAUUCUUGCAGAAUGUUUUUUUUUUUACUAAAUGUACUUCUUGAAAACGCUGACACUGGGGUGAUUUUCUUGGUAAGUAGUCUGUAUUUUCCCCUUGGAUAUGAUCAUCUGUGAUGUCCCCUACUCCUCAUCCCUGUCACCUCUCUACAGUACUGUCUCUCCAUCUAAUCUGUCAGUCUCUCAUAGAUCGUCAGAAGUCUGCUGCCACAGCGCCGCCAGUCUCCUCACAGCUAAGGUGGGAGAAGGCCUCCCAAGCCAGCAGGUAAACAAUUUAGACCGGAAUUUAGUGCCAGUCUGUUUGUGCUAUCAUCCCAACUCCUCACUCAUUGUCAUGCCACAAAGAAACAAUGAGUUGGCAAGAGCACAAACAGAUCUGGAACCAGGCUAAAACUCUACAUGGGACUGAAAUGUGUUUACAGUAUAUGUCAAUUAUUCCAUGUCAUUUUGCUUGUACACUAUAGCCAGGGUACAGCAUCAGGAAAUCAAUCCUGUGUGUUUUGGGUGUGUGAGUUUUUUUAUGCCUUUCUUGACCUUCCAUGAACACUAUAAAUGAGUCUAUUUUAAAUACUCAUUGAUACAUCCUUUUGUCUGUGAGUAAUUGAGGUAGAUGUCUGAGAUCUUUGUCAGGUACAGUGUAUCUCCUGUUAUCUCCUCUUGUCUUCUGGUUGUCUCUGGUCAUGCUCCUCCCAGACGUAGCAUUGCGUCGGCUAUCCGGGAGUACCGAGCUCACUGCCCCCUGAGCAGCUACAGCAGCAGCCCCCCACGAGUGCCUCUCCUUUGGCUCGCCCAGCCGCCUUGUCCCCCUGGUCCUCUAUAACCCUGGAACUCCUACACUGUGACCCCUGACCUCUAACACACAGGACUCUGCAGGGCAGAGCCAGAGCAGUGCCUCUCACUGUGGAAGAGAAGGAUGACACUCACAAAGACUUAUAAGAGACUGUCUGACUGAGGGUCUGUGGGAGAAAGAGAGCGACGUGCCACCAUCUUUACUACCGCGCUUGCUAUUAGUCAUUAUUCAUCAUGUAUUUGUCUAUGGUGUUUUGGGGGUUUGUUGAAACAUACUUUUAUGUUACGACCAGUGAUGACGAUUUUGUUGGGUUCAAGAGGUGGACAACUGUUGGGUUUUGCUGAAUGUAUAGCUAGCUGUACAAUCAUUCAUGGUACCGUACAGUAUGUAGUGAACGCCAAGGUGGCAGAGGACAAAGCCAUAACUGUGUAUUUGAAAUGCAUGUAAAAGGUAUUAGCUUUCGCAAAC